AUGGCGUUUAUCAUUAUGGACUAUAUAGAAGGGAAAAAUCUCAGAGAACUCGGCUUUGUGAAGGACUUUGAUGUCUGGUGCUCAGUGACCCCACGGCCUACCAGAGCCAGAGAGAUAAUGUACGAGAAGUUGGCCCAGGUCUAUAUACAACUGCGACAGCUGGAAUUCCCUGAGAUCGGCGCUCUUGGCCUUCCAAAAGGGGAUGACCAAAGCAUCCGGGUUCGCCAUCGGCCACUGUGUAUCGAAAUUCUUCUCCAGGAACACGAGGGUUUAGCGCCUGCUCUAAAUUUCCCCGAGCAUACAACGUUCAAGACCUCGAAGGAGUAUGUGGAUGCACUUCUAUGGCUGGGAGAUAAUCUGCUCCACAAGGGCAAGAAUACCAUGAUUGACAUCCGUGGUGAGCGAGUUUUAUAUGCCUCGCACCACUUUAGAAGAUUCGUAAUGGAGUCAUGGCUCGAUCCAGCUCAAGAUUGCGGUCCAUUUGUCUUAGUUCAUGGUGACCUAGGCAUUCAGAACCUUUUAUGGGACGAUGACCUCAAUCUAGUGGCGGUACUCGACUGGGAAUGGAGCAGCGUUAUGCCACUGCAGUUCCUCGUCCCCCCUCCCUGGUUGAACGGUCAAACCAUCGGUGCUCUGUGCCACGGCCAGCUACUCUAUAACAGCCAAGUUGGCAUCUUCUGUGAUAUAGUGCGGCAUCAGGAGAAAGUUUUAGGAUGUUCUCCUUUACUUUCUGACGAGUGGGAUAGACGGAAAGACUGGUGUCAUACAUUAGUAGUAUGUGCCCUACUCCGCCCGGACUACACUGUCGUUGGAUUCCAACCGCUUACAUCGGAACAAAUAAAGAAGUACAAGAAAAUCACUUCACAACAACUCGCUCUAUUCAUGGAGAAUGAUGAUAGAAAAGCAUUCUUUUUGAGGAAGAAGGAGGAGCAGAAGGUAUAUUACGAGGAAGAAGAGUGUCAUUUUGGGCCUUUGCUCGACUGUUAA